ACGCCAUUUUUAUUAUUUCAAUCUCCUCGCUAGAACUCAGUUGAUCAAAAUUUAGACGUUUCUCUAAAAAGAAACCCCCAAAACACAGAUAACUCAAAAUGCGUGAAUGUAUCUCGAUCCAUGUUGGCCAGGCCGGUGUCCAGAUCGGUAAUGCCUGUUGGGAGUUGUACUGCCUCGAGCACGGAAUCCAACCCGAUGGUCAGAUGCCCAGCGACAAGACCAUCGGAGGCGGUGAUGAUUCGUUCAACACCUUCUUCAGUGAGACCGGUGCCGGCAAACACGUCCCCAGAGCUGUCUUCGUCGACUUGGAACCCACAGUCGUCGACGAGGUCCGAACUGGAACCUACCGACAGCUGUUCCACCCGGAACAACUGAUGACCGGAAAGGAAGACGCCGCCAACAACUACGCCAGAGGCCACUACACCGUCGGCAAGGAGAUGAUCGACAUCGUCCUGGACAGACUCCGAAAGCUGGCUGACCAGUGUACCGGACUCCAGGGAUUCCUGAUCUUCCACUCCUUCGGAGGUGGUACCGGAUCUGGAUUCACCUCCUUGUUGAUGGAGCGUCUGUCCGUCGACUACGGAAAGAAGUCCAAGCUCGAGUUCGCAGUCUACCCGGCUCCUCAGAUCUCGACCGCUGUUGUUGAGCCCUACAACUCGAUCUUGACCACUCACACAACUCUUGAGCACUCGGACUGUGCUUUCAUGGUCGACAACGAAGCCAUCUACGAUGUGUGCCGACGAAACUUGGACAUCGAGCGACCCACAUACACCAACUUGAACAGACUCAUCGCUCAGAUCGUCUCUUCAAUCACCGCGUCUCUCCGAUUCGAUGGUGCCUUGAACGUCGACUUGACUGAGUUCCAGACCAACUUGGUGCCCUACCCUCGAAUCCACUUCCCCUUGGCCACCUACGCUCCAGUCAUCUCGGCCGAGAAGGCAUACCACGAGCAGUUGACUGUCGCCGAGAUCACCAACGCUUGCUUCGAGCCCGCCAACCAGAUGGUGAAGUGUGAUCCCCGACACGGAAAGUACAUGGCUUGUUGUCUGCUGUACCGAGGAGAUGUCGUCCCCAAGGAUGUCAACGCCUCGAUCGCCACCAUCAAGACCAAGAGGACUAUCCAGUUCGUCGACUGGUGUCCCACCGGAUUCAAGGUCGGAAUCAACUACCAGCCCCCGACUGUCGUGCCGGGAGGUGACUUGGCCAAGGUGCAGCGAGCCGUCUGCAUGUUGAGCAACACCACCGCCAUCGCCGAGGCCUGGGCUCGAUUGGACCACAAGUUCGACUUGAUGUACGCCAAGAGAGCUUUCGUCCAUUGGUACGUCGGAGAGGGUAUGGAGGAGGGAGAGUUCUCCGAGGCCCGUGAGGAUCUGGCUGCCCUGGAGAAGGACUACGAAGAAGUCGGAGUUGACUCCGUCGAAGGCGAGGGCGAGGAGGAGGAGGGAGAGGAAUACUAGGCGGAUCGGAUUGGCUGAAAUUUAAGAAUAAACAUUCUGGUUGAUUAAUGAUUGUGUUCAUUUGAUGCAUCUUGAUAUUGAUCUGCAUUCUUAAAGAGAAAACAUAAACCUGCA